GCUAUCCAAACUUUUCCUACUUUCUUUUUACAUUUUCUAUCACCUUUUAUUUAUUUAUUUAAAUUAAACUUAUUUAAGUAAGCUUUGUAAUAUUAUUAAAUACAUAAUUUGUUGUUAAUAACGGGAAUCAAUCAUACUAUAUAUGCUCUACUACCAAAUCACUGUAAACUCUCUUCGAUUUGAUCUGUGUGGGUUUUGGGUACAUGGAGAAAUGCUUAGGCUCUUGAGGAUUUACCAGCUCAUCUCCUUCUUCUUCCUCUUCCUCUCCCUGUUUCUUUACUGAGUAGAGUGGCAUUAGCAUAUGAAGGGCCAUCAGUUUUCAAGUUGCUGCUGCUGACAUUCCAAUUCUCCGUCUCAGUCCAGAACUAAGCAAAAGAUGGCUGCUGAGCUUGUCAAUUCUGCUACAAGCGAAAAACUGGCUGAAAUGGACUGGAUGAAGAAUAUUCAAAUAUGUGAAUUAGUUGCGCAUGAUCAUAGGCAAGCUAGAGAUGUCAUUAAAGCAAUAAAAAAACGACUGGGGAGUAAACAUGCAAAUUCUCAACUUUAUGCGGUUAUGUUGCUGGAGAUGUUGAUGAACAACAUAGGAGAACAUAUUCAUAAACAGGUGGUCGAUGUUGGGCUUCUUCCUAUUCUAGUAAAGAUAGUCAAGAAAAAGUCAGACUUGCCAGUGCGAGAGCGCAUCUUUCUACUUCUAGAUGCCACACAGACAUCCCUUGGUGGUGCUUCUGGGAAGUUCCCACAGUAUUAUACUGCUUAUUAUGACUUGGUGAGUGCUGGACUAGAGUUCCAUCAAAGGCCUCAUCAGGUCACUACGAAUUGCCCAACGCCACAAUCAGCUAAGAAAAGUUCACCUAAUGGUGAAUUAGCAUCAUCUAUACAUGAAAGGGUUGCUCCUCAAGCAGAGCCACAUAUUGUUCCUGAAUCUAGUAUUAUUCAGAAGGCUAGUAAUGCAUUAGAUGUUUUGAAGGAAGUUCUUGAUGCUGUUGAUAGUCAGCAUCCUGAGGGGGCAAAGGAUGAAUUCACACUUGAUCUUGUGGAACAAUGUUCUUUCCAAAAGCAAAAAAUUAUGCAUCUUGUGAUGACUUCUCGGGAUGAGAAGGCCGUUUCUCGGGCUAUUGAGUUAAAUGAGCAGCUCCAGAAGGUUCUUGCAAGACAUGAAUUCCUACUUUCUUGUAAGCCUAUACCAACUGUUAACCAUCUUAACCAAGAGGAGGCUGAGGAGGAAGAGGAGGCUGAGCAGCUUGUCCGAAGGCUACGGAAAGGAAAAGCUUGUGUAAGGCCUGAGGAUGAAGAGCAAUCAGCCGAGCGCCCCCACUUGGGCUUGCUUGGAUCAACCCAGCCAGCAGAACGGCUGAACCGUCCACUUAUACGACCACUUUCGUUAGAGCCAUUGCAUGAAUCAAAUGGGCAUCUUCCACCUGCAAAUGGGCAUCUUCCACCCCCACCUGCAAAACACAUUGAGAGGGAAAAAUACUUCCAGGGAACCAAGACCGAUGGUUCUGGUUUGGCUGGCCAUGUGAGGGGUCUCUCAUUACAUAGUCGUAAUGCCAGUAGCUCUCGCAGUGGAAGCAUGGAUUUCAGCGAAUGACUGUUUUACUCGAGGGGCCUCUCGUGUAUGACCAGGUUUUUAUUUUCUCAAGUUUUUUUCUUUAUAUAUUGGUAGUUGAUAUGGCGAUGGUUUCUGAUCUGGUAGUGUUGUGGAAAGCUGGAGAACAUAGCUGCCAUGUUUGAUCUCAUGUUUUCAUAUGUGAUCUUAUCUUAUGACCUCAGGUUUGUCUUAUGAAUAUACAUAUAUCUAUAUAUGUUAUAUCUCAACAUUUAUUAGCA